AACAAAAUCAAACACCUUUAAUAAUAUUCCAUUAGCUUUUUCUUAUAUAUAUUCCUUCAUCAACUUCUCAUUUCUUCCAUUCUCAAAAAAAAGAAAUUAAAAAAAUGAGAAAUUUAUUCCCCAUAUUGAUGCUAAUCACCAAUUUGGCACUCAACAACGAUAACAACAACAACAACAACAAUAAUUAUAAUCUCAUACACGCAACGUGUAGGGAGACCCCAUAUUACUCCCUAUGUCUCACCACCCUACAAUCCGAUCCACGUAGUAAUGAGAUUGAGGGUGAUGAUGCCAUCACCACCCUAGGCCUCAUCAUGGUGGACGCGGUGAAAUCAAAGUCCAUAGAAAUAAUGGAAAAAAUAAAAGAGCUAGAGAAAUCGAACCCUGAGUGGCGGGCCCCACUUAGCCAGUGUUACGUGGCGUAUAAUGCCGUCCUACGAGCCGAUGUAACGGUAGCCGUUGAAGCCUUAAAGAAGGGUGUCCCUAAAUUUGCUGAAGAUGGUAUGGAUGAUGUUGUUGUAGAAGCACAAACUUGUGAGUAUAGUUUUAAUUAUUAUAAUAAAUUGGAUUUUCCAAUUUCUAAUUUGAGUAGGGAAAUAAUUGAACUAUCAAAAGUUGCUAAAUCCAUAAUUAGAAUGUUAUUAUGAAGGGUGAACAAAAAGUUUGGGGGUCUAAUUUGCAGUUCAGUGCACAAAGCUCUCGUCAUAUAUACGAGGUUUGAAGAAGGGUCAGAUUAUAAGGGCCGGGUUAUAAUUUUCUAGUCAUCUUCCUAUACUAGUUUUUUAUUUUAUUUUAUAUAUAUAUGUAUAACUUUAUAUUCCAGUAUUUUGUUUAUUGUGUGUGUUUGUAUAUAAAGGAUUGAGAAUUAAUCCAACAUUAUAUAUAUGUAGAAAAUAAUGUAAAUUGUGUUUAAGCUAGUUUGGCUAGAUGCAUUGAAUUAUAUUUUAUAUAAA